CUCCCUCCCUCUCUCUCUCUCUCUCUCUCACUCCCCCACACUCAGUCACACGCAUACGCGCAUACACUGAACAAUUUCAAUCACCGCUUUCUAAUAUUUCUUUUGAUUUGUGCAAUUCAUUUAUUCCCUUAAUUGGAGUGAUAUAAUCAUAUCAAUUUCCGAUUUGUUUUGUUAGAUUUUGAUUAGAGUGAAGGAAAUCAGCUUAGUAGGAACGAUGUCGUUGAGACCGACCGAGAGAACGGAGGUUCGCAGGAACCGAUACAAGGUUGCGGUCGAUGCUGAAGAGGGACGGCGGAGGAGGGAGGAUCAAAUGGUGGAGAUCCGAAAGAGUAAGCGGGAGGAGAAUCUUCUUAAGAAGCGUCGUGAAGGCCUUCAGAUGUCUCAACCCUUCCCUGCGCCCGUCCCCUCCAAUAACAUCGAGAAAAAGUUGGAGAGUCUCCCUUUGAUGGUGAAUGGAGUUUAUUCGAAUGAUAACAAUUUGCAGUUGGAGGCAACCACUCAAUUUCGUAAAUUGCUUUCAAUAGAAAGAAGCCCUCCCAUUGAGGAAGUUAUACAAUCUGGAGUUGUUCCUCGCUUUGUUGAGUUCCUUAUGAGGGAGGAUUUCCACCAGCUCCAGUUUGAGGCUGCUUGGGCACUUACAAACAUUGCAUCUGGAACUUCGGAGAAUACCAAGGUGGUGAUUGAUCACGGGGCUGUACCCAUUUUUGUCAAGCUUUUGGGUUCUCCAAGUGAUGAUGUCCGUGAGCAGGCUGUAUGGGCACUGGGAAAUGUUGCAGGUGAUUCUCCAAGGUGUCGUGACCUUGUCCUUGGGCAUGGGGCUUUAAUCCCUUUGCUGGCACAAUUGAAUGAGCAUGCCAAGCUUUCAAUGCUGCGAAAUGCUACCUGGACAUUGUCAAACUUCUGCCGGGGCAAACCACAACCUCCAUUUGAGCAGGUGAGGCCAGCUCUCCCCGCACUUCAGCGUCUUGUUCAUUCAAAUGAUGAAGAAGUCCUUACUGAUGCAUGCUGGGCUCUCUCCUAUCUCUCUGAUGGUACAAAUGACAAAAUUCAAGCUGUGAUUGAGGCAGGUGUCUGUCCAAGACUUGUGGAGCUACUUGUGCAUCCAUCUCCUUCUGUGCUUAUUCCUGCACUUCGCACGGUUGGGAAUAUUGUUACAGGAGAUGAUUAUCAGACUCAGUGUAUAAUUGACCACGGGGCACUCCCUUGUUUGCUGAGCUUAUUGACUCAUAAUCAUAAAAAGAGCAUCAAGAAAGAAGCUUGCUGGACUAUUUCCAAUAUUACUGCUGGAAAUAAGGAGCAGAUUCAGGCUGUGAUUGAAGCUCAGUUAAUUGGCCCUUUGGUCAAUUUGCUUCAAACUGCUGAGUUUGACAUAAAAAAAGAGGCUGCUUGGGCUAUUUCAAAUGCUACCUCUGGUGGAACUCAUGAACAAAUCAAGUACUUGGUUUCUCAAGGCUGUAUAAAGCCAUUGUGUGAUCUCCUUGUGUGCCCGGAUCCAAGAAUCAUUGCUGUGUGUUUAGAAGGUCUUGAGAAUAUAUUGAAGGUUGGGGAAGUAGAAAAAAGCCUUGGCCAUAGUGGAGAUGUUAAUUUCUAUGCCCAAUUGAUUGAUGAAGCUGAAGGCUUGGAAAAGAUUGAGCACUUGCAGAGCCAUGACAAUAAUGAAAUUUAUGAAAAAGCUGUUAAAAUACUAGAGACAUACUGGUUGGAGGAGGAGGAUGAAACAUUGCCAGCUGGUGAUGGAGGUCAGCCUGGAUUCAACUUUGGAGGGAAUGAUAUGCAACUUCCACCUGGUGGAUUUAAAUUUGGCUGAAGGGCCAUAAGUUGGUGGAUACGUCCUCAGGUUGAGGACAGGGUGCUUGUUGGCGUCAAGUCAAGGUCGGGUCAGGGUCAGGGUCAGGGUCAGGGUCAGGUCAGUACAGUCAGAGCACUUCACCGAGUCUGGUGGUCGUAUAUGGUUGAGUGUCGGUUGCCAUAAGGAGGUGCCAAGGCAGGUCCUUUUAUACUAUGAUGGCGAAUAAGGAGGAGUUCAUGCUCACUGGUUGAUGGUAUGUUGGGCUUGGUAUUUCCCCCGGUGACGGAUUGUUUGGGGGGAAAAAUGAAGGGAUUGUAGAUUCUUUAAAUGAGGUUCUCUCGGAACGCGGGGUUUUGUGUUUUGUCGUUUCAUACCUUAUUAUUGAAGUCCUUAGUCCCACAGAGUCGUCAAUACUGUUCGGUAGCUGCGAGUGAAAUAUGUAUUAAUUAAUUAAGGUGAUUCGUGUUGUUUAUUUGCGUAUUGUAUUCAAGGGAAGAGAAAGAAGAGAGUUCACUUGAUUUGUCAUUUGUCUAUAGGUGUUGUCAUACAACUUUUUCUAUUGAUAUAGAGAUACCGUUGGCCUUCUUGAUCUAGACUGUACUACUGGUUUCUUCUGCUUAGGGAUUGAACAUUUUCUGUAAGGGCCUUGCAUUACUCGAUAUCUUCAGUAUCAUUGAAUAGGUAAUUUUUGUUUGGGGAAGCGGUGAGCUGACCAACCUUGUAAUUAGAAACACGAAACUUCAAAUGGAAAGAAAUGUUAAUGAAGGUUC